UUGGCCGAGUGCAGAGCGGAGUGGGCAGCAGAGGUGAGGCAGAGUGAAGUGGGGCAAGGGUGUGGGAGAGGCGAGGGGGAACGGGAGAGCAGAGGUGGCCUGGUACUUAGUGGGAGGGGAAGCAGGGAGAGCAGGAGGGGGAGCGGGGAGAGCAGGGGCGAGGGGGAGUGGAAGGAGAGUGGAGGGGAGUGGAUGCGAUCUGCAACAUGCUGCAACCUGGUGUUUCCUGGUGGCAAUGGUGAGUAG